CACCGUGCGCUAAACAUAUCGGAUAGAAACGGCCUUGUCUAUAGUUUUGAAAAAUGUUCGUGUCUCUGGAAAAAGUUUGCAACUUAGUGGCUCUUUUUAAGUUUGGUCACAGUCUUUUUCACAUCUGAGAUCCUUAGCAAAAAAAGCAAAAAAGAUGUACCUAUAGAUGUAAUUUAAUUUAUCUAACCAAAAUCCUAAUUGUGCUUCAAGUAUAUAGAUAAUCUCUCAGAUAAAUUGUGUGAGAUAAGGGUUUUCAACCAGGAAAUUUGCUCCAAGUACCAAGUAUCAUAAUCACAUCUCAACAUGCACUUUACCGGGUUGUAGCUUCUGUAAAGCUUUUCAAUCCUUUCAAUGAAAACAAUUAAAUUGUUAAAUUCUAUUCUUUUCGACAAUGAAUGCUGUAGCGGAUGGAAAAAAGCUAAUUAAUUCAAAAAUAUUUUAAAUAAACAAAUCAAAGUUAAUACCUAAUAAUUUUUCAAUUGGAUUUGAAUGAGAACUGUUAAAUACAUUGGAAAGACAAUGCCUAUCAACAUUUUAGACGUGGAUCACUUUGCAAUAAGUGCCAUAGUGACCGGGGCUAUGCAAAUCAUUUUUUUUAUGAUCAACUCGGCUUUUCACAUGGACAAACUUACGGACUUUGCCGGCGGAGUAAACUUUAUAAUAAUAGCCCUCUUGACAUUCUACUUGGGCCAAAUCGACCGGCCUUCCAAGUCAUAUGACAGCCGCCAGCUGAUGAUAACAAUUUUCGUUUGUCUCUGGGGGGCGAGACUAUCUGGAUAUCUAUUAUAUAGAAUUGUAAAAAUAGGUCGUGACAAACAGUUUGAAGAUACGAGAAGGAAUAUUAUACGAUAUGCGAUAUUUUGGACUUUUCAGGCAGUGUGGGUGUACGUUGUGUCACUUCCAGUUAUAAUAAUAAAUUCUCCACGUCACUCGCAGCCACAUGCACCUAAAACUAUGACAACAUUAGAUUCAGCUGGUUCAGGGAUGUUUGUUGCUGGAUUGUUGGCGGAAACAUAUGCUGACUUACAGAAAUUCUCAUUUCGACAGGAUCCGGCAAAUCAAGGAAAGUUCUGCAAUGAUGGACUAUGGAGCAUGUCAAGGCAUCCAAACUACUUUGGAGAAGUAGUGAUAUGGUGGGGUAUAUUUGUGGUGUCUCUCAAUGUUAUACGUGGACCAGAAUGGGUUGCUAUAGCAUCACCAAUCUUCACAACUUUUAUUAUUCUCUUUCUAUCAGGCAUACCUUUGCGUGAACGUUCUGCAGACGAGAAAUACAAAGACUUGAUGGAAUAUCGAAAGUAUAAGGCAUCAACGUCUCCCCUCAUACCAAUCCCGCCGUCAGUUUAUGUCGAAGUGCCAAGUGCGUUGAAAUUCAUUCUAUGCUGUGAAUUUCCACUCUAUGACACAAUGGAUAUACAAAAGGAUCUCAGCCCUUAUUCACUAUCGAUGGCACACUCGCAUUCGCACAUAUAG